CGCGACUCACGACGCACAGACAUCGUAGUCACAAGUUGUCAAGUCGAACUACUGGUAUAGUUGUGGGCUCUCUGCCGGAUAAUACUCAUUGGAUUUGGAAGGGGACUACUCGCCGUGCUGAUUGAGGUCUAUAUCUAGUAAUUUCGUCCACAAAUAUGAUGGGUGAGACUCAGUCGAAAAAUUUACAACCUAAAAAGACGCCGGUCACCGAGGACUAUAGGAUAUCGAGUAAAGUGCUAGGAUUAGGAAUAAACGGUAAAGUGUUAGAAUGUUACGCAAGAAAGAACGGGACAAAAUACGCUCUCAAGGUUCUCAGGGACACUCCCAAAGCCAGGCGUGAGGUAGAUCUACAUUGGAGAGCAUCAGGGUGUUUACAUAUUGUCAAUGUCAUAGAUGUUUAUGAAAACAAUCACCACGGCACCAGAUGUUUACUAGUAAUUAUGGAAUGUAUGGAAGGUGGCGAACUAUUUAGUAGAAUACAAGACAGAGCUGAUAGUGCAUUUACGGAGAGAGAAGCAUCACAGAUAGUGACUGACAUUGGUAAAGCUAUUUUUCAUCUUCACAAUGUAAACAUUGCGCAUCGAGACGUCAAACCGGAGAAUCUCCUUUAUAACGACAAUUCACCGCAUGCAUUAUUGAAAUUAACCGAUUUCGGGUUUGCUAAAGAGACAACCAAUACAUUGUUACAAACGCCGUGUUAUACCCCUUAUUACGUUGCUCCUGAAGUGCUCGGUCCAGAAAAGUAUGAUAAAUCUUGCGAUAUGUGGUCAUUAGGCGUCAUUAUGUACAUUCUUUUGUGUGGUUUCCCACCAUUUUAUAGCAAUCAUGGCAUGGCUAUUUCACCAGGAAUGAAGAAGAGGAUACGAAAUGGACAAUACGAGUUUCCAAAUCCCGAGUGGAGUGAAGUAUCAGACGUAGCAAAAGAUCUCAUUAGGUGUUUGUUAAAAACCGAUCCCAGCGAAAGAAUGACAAUUACUGAGUUCCUGCAACAUCCAUGGGUCACGCAACCAUCUGAGGUGCCAAUGACGCCAUUGAUGUCUGCUCUAGUCUUAAAAGAGGAAGAAGCUCAGUGGGAUGAAGUGCAAGAUGAAAUGACUAAUGCAUUAGCUACGAUGCGAGUAGACUACGAUCAGUGUCGUAUCAAAGACAUCAGGGAAUCCAGCAAUCCCUUACUGAACAAAAGACGUAAACAGAAAAACGUACAGUCGCAGUGAAGCACCAACGACGGCUCUGCUGGGCAACAAAUUAAAGUUAAAAUAUGAACCAUAGUAUUUUGGUUUAACUAGCAUUCUCAAAGAACCAUUGACUUUAUUUUAAAGGAGAGAAUUUGUCUCUCGUUAGUAUCUGGACGUCACAGUUACUGUUAGAAACGUGUCGUUUGACGAGUAUGUUUAAAAUGCAGUUGACCAUAUUUAGUCAAUAUAACCAUUAUGGUCAUUCGACAACCAGUUGCUGAAUAACCAUUUUUUUUUUAAAUUGAGUGAAGCCCUCUCUGAUAGAACUUUCAGUUUCCUCUGAUGUGUUUGAUGUUCAAAUACAGUGACCUGUGAUAUUAACCAAUCAGGAAAUGUGUUUAUUUAUCACUAGAGGCCUAUUCAUUCUAUAUAAAUUAUGUAUAUGAUGCAGGGUCUGUGACCAUUGGUGUUUAAUUUUUUACGAGAUUAAUGACUUAGGAUAAUCAAAAACUAUUUAGGAAAAAAUUUAGUUGCUAGUGAAUUGAAUGAUAUUAAUUGCAUUUUCAUUAAUCCAUGAUCAUGAAAGUAACUUUUAAAACCGCAAUCCUUAUGAGGGCGGGCGCUGUUGUCAAAGGGGUCAGGGGGAUGUUAAGGAUGUAUUUUUAAUUUAUGACGAGAGUUGUCAUCCACUGUGGAAGUGUUCCUAGCAGCCGAAUGAUAAGUAAAGUCUCCUAAUCUUUUGAUUAAAAUGACUGUGGAUUCCAAGUUUUGAACUACAAAAGAUUUUUUACAGGGAUAUAUAUAAAUAGAUACUAAUGCUGAUGCACCCCCCACUCCCUAUUCUCCCACCCCAAGGGGAUAUUUCCCUGAAACUGAAAUAGAACUUCAGUCAGAGAAACAGACUGAAUUUUAACUUUUAUCAUUUUUAACUUCUCGGUGAUUCUAUUUGGUUUCAGUGCAUGCAUCGUUUUUAUGCAAAGAGAAUUGCUAUGCCAAAACGUUUUUGUUUUUUUAACUGAUGUUUUUUUUUAACUGUUGAUGUGAGAUAAUUAAUUCAGUGACACUUGAAUGAUCAGUUGUAUGUGUAAUCAUGGAUAGACUAUAAAAUAGUCUGUGAUAGGCUCGUUGGUUCUGGUUUAAUAACCAGAAACCCUUAUUCUCAUCAUGUGAUCAUGUUCUUUAAAACAUUUAGUUUUGUUAUAAGGAGAUUAAAUACAAGUACCCGUACCACAUUUGCUCCAUUCAAAUCCCAUCACCAAUAGAACUACCAAAACUACAUUGUAAUAAUCCAUUACAUAACUGGUUUGCUGUUAUAAGAGACAUGCUUCUAAUAGAGCAAAUAUGGUAAUGAUAUACAUUACUGUAUUUGCUCUAUUAGAAGUGCAUAUGAACCAAAAAUUACAAUUUAAUUACAAUUUAAAAUGUCAUCAUUUAUCUGGCACUGUGUCUUGGCUACAGUGUUGAGACAAAUUAUACAUGUACAAGACAUUGCCACACACAGAUGGAUUUUUAUGCAUACAAUUAGUGACACUGGGAAAACAACACAUUAGAUUCUCUCCUGCACAUUCACAGAAAUUGUAACACUGCAGAGAUGAGCAAUACUUGCUAAUUAAAGAUGAUCAGUCUCUUCCUUUUUCUUUCCAACCAUCAUUACAGGUAAUGCACAAGACAUGGUUUAAAAGUGGCAUCUCUGUCACCAUAUCAACAUUGUAUUUCAGUGGGCUGUCAUCUCAGUGUCAAGCAUGGCUGCUAACAUAAUCACAUUUUGGUCAUUCAUGCAAGAUUUUUUCAAAUCCGAUCCUACGCAGAAUGGUCAAUGAUUUGGUCAAUUUGUAAGAUGUUCAUAGAUCAUGUAGGUCAGUGUUGACCUUCGUAACCUGUGGGCAAGGAUAGACCCACAUUUUAAUCUACCCAGUUACUCACAACGAGAUCCAUGUUAGAAAGAAAUGGAAUCUGUAAUCAAUAGAAACUAAAUUUAUUCAGUAAUGGCAAAGAUUUCUGAGGUCAUAUUUACCAAAAAUUCAAUUUAUUUUCUACCCACCAAAACUGUCUAUUUGUAUUUCUUAGAUGGGAAGGGGACUAUACAUAUAUUAAUAUAAAACUGAUUAUUGCAAAUAAUAAUACUGUUCAUUUAAUCUAUUUACAUAAAUAUAAUUGGAUGGUACAGUUGUAAUGGUCAGCCUCAUCACUGGAAUUUCAGGGAAUUUCAUGACUUGUGAGCAACUGAGAUACCUGGCUAUGCAGUUUAUGUAUCAACAAUAGGUUACAGUUUUUUUAUUUCACUUGUUUUAUAUCCCAAUAAAUAUAUCCUAAAAAUGUA